AUGGAUGUGUCGCAGUCACUUCACAUCUUGUUUUGUCAUUGUCUUAUUAAAAAGUUUUACUUGUGCUCUGCGUUGGUGACCCUCUGUCACCCUCUAUCACACUCAUCCCUGCAGGUCCCUCUGUCACACUCAUCCCUGCAGGUCCUUCUGUCGCCCUCUGUCACACUCAUCCCUGCAGGUCCCUCUGUCACACUCAUCCCUGCAGGUCCCUCUGUCACCCUCUAUCACACUCAUCCCUGCAGGUCCCUCUGUCACACUCAUCCCUGCAGGUCCCUCUGUCGCCCUCUGUCACACUCAUCCCUGCAGGUCCCUCGGUUGCCCUCUGUCACACUCAUCCCUGCAGGUCCCUCUUUCACACUCAUCCCUGCAGGUCCCUCUGUCGCCCUCUGUCACACUCAUCCCUGCAGGUCCCUCUGUCGCCCUCUGUCACACUCAUCCCUGCAGGUCCCUCUGUCGCCCUCUGUCACACUCAUCCCUGCAGGUCCCUCGGUUGCCCUCUGUCACACUCAUCCCUGCAGGUCCCUCUUUCACACUCAUCCCUGCAGGUCCCUCUGUCGCCCUCUGUCACACUCAUCCCUGCAGGUCCCUCUGUCGCCCUCUGUCACACUCAUCCCUGCAGGUCCCUCUGUCGCCCUCUGUCACACUCAUCCCUGCAGGUCCCUCUGUCGCCCUCUGUCACACUCAUCCCUGCAGGUCCCUCUUUCACACUCAUCCCUGCAGGUCCCUCUGUCGCCCUCUGUCACACUCAUCCCUGCAGGUCCCUCUGUCGCCCUGUCACACUCAUCCUUGCAGGUCCCUCUGUCACCCUCUGUCACACUCAUCCCUGCAGGUCACAAUGUCCUGCAGGCUGCUAUGGUCUAA